AACUUCUAGGGCUAUCCUAGUUUCUUGCCUACCUAGAUACCUAAUUAUUCAAACCGUAAUGAAGAAAUCUGAAUCCUUAGCUAUUACACAAUAACCCCCCAUCACGAUAAAAGCUAGCGUUGAGCGAUAGAAGAUAUGAUAUGGUAGUAUCGGCCUGCCCAAUCCGGCAAGAAGGGAUUGAAUCGCAGGGAUCCGUAUGGAAUGCCAGGGACGCACUAAAAUAAGAUCGCGAAGGGAUUUAAAAGGGACGAGCUUUCUUUCCCGCCUCCUCACGUCAAUUAUUUACUUAUUCGUCACGAGGCUAUCAUGACACAUCUUCUGUGGUCGCUCGUGCUAGGCGCCGGAGCUUUAGUCAAUGGCUUGGUAACACCGACGUGGAAGUUACUGUCCACGGAAAGCGACGCGCGUUUCCGCGGGCUGGCGCCUGUGUCGGAUAGGAUUGCUUGGGUCGCGGGUACUAGCGGGACUGUCUUGCGUACUGUUGACGGCGGACGCACGUGGGCAUCCGUUGGCCCGCCGUUAUCGGAUGAAGAUGCGACGCUUGAGUUCCGGGAUGUAGAGGCUUGGUCUGCGGAUAGAGCUGUGAUACUUUCCAUCGGCGAGGGCAAUAGCUCGCGUGUCUACCUCACGAGUGAUGGUGGCGCGUCGUGGGAACAGACGUUUACGAAUGAGGAACCGACCGCGUUUUAUGAUUGCAUCGCGUUUGAGAGCCCGAGACAUGGCAUGGCGAUGAGUGAUCCCGUGGACGGGAAGGUCCGACUUAUUGAGACACACGAUGGAGGCGCGAGUUGGGAUAUCGUGGAUUCUGGAGAUAUGCCGCCGGCGCGCGAGGGUGAAUCUGGGUUCGCUGCGAGCGGAACGUGUCUUACUACGACGGCUGGACGCUGGUAUAUUGGUUCGGGCGGUGUUGAGCCUGGUCGUGUUUUCAGGAGCGCUGAUGGGCACCAUUGGGAUGUUUCUAAUACUUCUAUCGCCGGUGGUGAUGGUUCUGGUGUCUUCUCAGUGCAAUUCCGUGAUGCGAAGAAUGGCAUCGCUGUUGGUGGAAACUACUCGUUCCCUACGGGUGUCAUCGAUAACGCCGCGUGGUCGAACGAUGGGGGCAAAACUUGGAUCCCUUCAACUUCAUUUCCUGGAGGUUACCGCUCUGGAUCUACUUGGGUUCCUGGCCUUUAUAACAUCGCGCUUGCGGUAGGACCAACUGGGUCUGACCUAACUCUUGAUGGAGGACGGAAAUGGCAUGUGUUUGAUAAUGGAAGCUUUGAUAGUGUGGAAUGCGUUAAGGGGCCCGUAUGUUGGGCGUCUGGAGAACAGGGUAGGGUAGCACGCUUGACACUGACGUGAUCCUCGACAUCAGCUACCUAGAAGCAUCGAUCGUGGAGAUCAUAGUUACCAUCAUGUAUAUUGCCUUCCCUAGGUACCUAGGUAGGCAUAAUGAAUCUUCACACGAAGCCUGGUCGAGCCAGAUAUUAAAGGGGUUUUAUGAUUUUAGAGUGGUUGAACUUCAACCCAGUCAAUGUACGUAGAUAUCUUGAUCCCCUCGCACCGUCUUUUCGAAAUGCGAAACUCCCCUUCGGCUAGCCAUUAAUACUCCAUUACAUGCUCUGUUUUAGAAAUUGCGUCCACGAAAAGCGACUACUACCAGGCCACCCCAUUACCAGGCUUCCAGGCCAAACACUUAACGCCAAUUAAAGCCGCGGCCGCACUGAGAACCUAUAAUAAUUUAUGUUAGCAUGUUAUCCUAAUGUCAUC